GCUGCAGAGUAUCGAAGAAACAAAAUGCCUGAACCCGCCAAGUCAGCGCCCAAGAAGGGCUCCAAGAAAGCCGUGACCAAGACCGCCGGCAAGGGCGGCAAGAAGAAGAGAAAGACCAGGAAGGAGAGCUACGCCAUCUACGUGUACAAGGUGCUGAAGCAGGUCCACCCCGACACCGGGAUCUCCUCCAAAGCCAUGAGCAUCAUGAACUCGUUUGUCAACGACAUCUUCGAGCGCAUCGCUGCCGAGGCAUCUCGCCUGGCUCACUACAACAAACGCUCCACCAUCACCUCCAGGGAGAUCCAGACCGCAGUGCGCCUGCUUCUCCCCGGUGAGCUGGCCAAGCACGCCGUGUCUGAGGGCACCAAGGCCGUCACCAAGUACACGAGCUCCAAGUAAACUGGCUAUCAGACGUCAACCCAACGGCUCUUUUCAGAGCCAC